GCCUAGUCACACGUGCAAACCUAUUUCUGAUCCGACAAAUAAAUCUGGAAAAGUUGAAAUGGCAGCCUCCAGAUGGAGAACGCAGACCCCCCCGCAGGUGGACCAAGGGAAGUCAAUCACGCAAGCCGGCUUUAAGAUCACUACCCACAAGCUUCCCAUUUCGCGAGCGGGACCAAUUGAGGAGAUGACGGAAAGGCUUGGAAUCACACCGCCCGAAAUGAUCUUUGGAGACAAUUCGAUUUCAAUUGAGCAUAUGCAGAGCGGAUGGAGCAUCAAUUUCAAUUCUUUCGAUGCCCUUGAUCGCGUUGAUAAGAAGGGCAGUUCUAUGCUCAAGGUCGCUCAUUCAAAGGAGUGGCAGCAAACACGUGAACACGUGCACGAGGACAUCAAGGAAGUGAUCAAGCCUUUUGACUGGUCAUACAGCACUGACUACAUGGGCACCACCUCGUCUGCACCGGAGCUGACUCCUUCCCAAAAGGCUAUCCCAAUAGGACUUCUCACCCGCCCAGAUCCUAUUUUGUUCUUUGAUGAGGUGAUGCUCUACGAGGAUGAGCUUGCCGACAACGGCAUCGCCAUGCUAUCCUGCAAGAUUCGCGUCAUGCCGGAGCGACUUCUGUUAUUGUCACGUUUUUUUCUACGUCUUGACGGCGUGCUAUUCCGGAUAAGGGAUACGCGAGUCUUUGUUGAAUUCGAAACAGGCGAGGUGAUUCGCGAGUACACGGCGCGGGAAGAAAAGUACGAAACAAUCAAGAGCAAGCUUUCGUACCUGAAGGAUGAAGUCACAACGGUAAUGAGGGACCCAAAUAAAUUAGCUGAACUGAUGCCUGUGGUUGAGAAGAAGCUGGAUAGUUUGAUUUUAAGCUCAGGUCACUCUUGAACCGGCCACGAAGUGGUAAACUUUUUCGUCAGGCACGUGGUGAACGAGGAGUACACAUGGAUGCGAAGGCCCAUAUAUUAAGGAGACCAAGCCGCCAAGCUACCAGAUGCAGCAAAAUACGAAAGCAUCUGCGGCUUACACGUAUAUUUCUUCAUCUUCCAAUGCAACCUCUCAAGAUGGUCUCUACAAGUUACCUCGCGCUGCCUGGUCCCGCUCGAUCGCCUCGAACAGGCUCUUGAAAUUUCCUGCCCCAAAUCCAGAGAAAUUCUCUCUUUGGAUGAUCUCAAUGAAAACCGUCGGCCUGUCCAUCAGUGGCUUCGUGAAAAGUUGCAACAGAUAGCCGCCUUCAUCGAAAUCGAUAAGGAUAUUCAAGUCCUGGAUCUCGUCGAAAUUCUCCUUGAGCUUCCACCUGAGCGUGUUGGACUUUAUGCGCUCGCGCAUGGUUUCGUAAUAUGUGUCGGGCACCUUGAUGAACUCGACACCGCGAGCUCGCAUGUUGCGUACGGUUGUUAUGAUAUCAGGCGUUUUGAGGGCGAUGUGCUGAACUCCUGGGCCGUUGUUGUAUUCGACAUAUCUGCAAGCGAUUAGGUUAUUUGGUCAGCUUGGCAAAAGAGGAGCGCUUACUCUUCAAUUUGCGACUUCCCCUUCUUCUUGGCUUCUGCAGGCUCAUUUAUAGGCAUCUUGACAAUGUCGUUUGGCGAUGACAUGACGAUAGACCUAAGGGCUGAAAAAUCGGUACAGAUGUCCUUGUCAUCUACCGACCAGAAUCUGUGGAAACCAAGGCAUUUCUCGUAGAAGUCACAUGCGUCCUCCAUGUCGUCCCAGUCCUGAUUUCCCACGCAGUGGUCGAUGACUUCUAAGGGGCAUUCGGGCAAUAUCUUCAUGAUCGGAUCUAUUUCAUCGACAGGCUUGAAACCAGGAAGAAAUGGACCGUUGUAGCCGUCCCUCUCGACAAAGGUGUGUGUAGUGUCACCAUACGUCUUUACACUUGCCAUUGUCACCGCACCGAACUCAUCUUUCACUGUCCACGGCUCUCGAACUCCUUCGGCUCCUCGAGCGAUUGCGCCUUCGUAUACAGCUCGUACAUCAUUGACCUCAAAAGCAACAUCCUUGACCGCGUCACCGUGCUGCUCCAAGCUUUCGUACAUGUCCUCCAACAGCUUAUCUUCCUUUUUUAGCCCGCCCCGUCUAGGGUUACUGGCUAGUAUGGGAGACUGGAACACGAACUUGAUGUUUCCUGAGGCGACGACAUGGCUUGCAACUGUGCGAGAGCCUGUGGUAAGGUCCGACUUGGCGACAGGGCGGAAUCCGAAACGUGUUAUGUAGUAUGAAGCCGCUUGCUUAGCAUUACCGACCCACCACGUUAUGUGGUGAUAGCCUUUGUAGGUUGGCUGGGACGAAGACGAAUAUGCGGUGUGUGUGGAGGUCAGACUGUGAUCCGACUCUGGAGAGGAUGAGUAGAGAGGUAGUGUGGUACCGCUGGACGUGAGGACAGUUGGUGAAGGACUCAUUAUCACUUGCCUCGACAAGUCAAGAGUACGACGAGAAGAAGGAAAGGAUGAACUGUCCAAGUUUCACGGGAGGAGUGGAAUCAGAUACAAGAGAUACGACGACGGGUCCUCAAAUAGUCGACAGCGUCGUACUUAAACCACAACCACCUACCGACAUUACGGAUCCGCGCCACCAAAUCAAGAAAGCUGAUGUAUCUAGUCACACGGUAUUGUCCCGCUUGACGCUGGCACAAUGAUACGGUGGAUCCCUCAUCUUACAUAUCUGUUAUCAUAACAAUUUUAUCUCGUU